AUGGCUGACUACGAUAGGCGACAGUCGGGCGGCUACCACAACCGCAAGAGGAGAUAUCGAGAUGACGAUGACCACUACGAUCGCCGCCACCAGCGAAGGCGAGUAGACUCCGCGCCCCUGCCAGUACGAGUCCGCCGACAGCUCCUCAGCAUUGCGGACUCUCCCCUGCGACGAUGGAACGAGGAAGUCCAGUCGAUCGCCCACAUGGUGGCCGACAACUACGAGGAUGAAAACCUGCGGAACACCUUCCUUGACCUGUCUAUGCAGCUGGCUCUGGAGCAACCCCUGAAGACCCCUUUCGUGGCCGCCGUUUUUCUCGUCAUCAACACCCUGAAGCCCGAGCUCAUUGACGAGGUCUUGGCAAAGCUGGCCCAGGCGACCGAAUCCAAGAUCAGCCAGGGCGAGUGGCGGGACGCGAAGCUCUAUCUCAAGUUUUUGGCUUGUUUGCAAGCUUGUAUGGAGGGCGACGGUCUGUUCCCGGUCCUGGAGGAGCUCUUCAGUCGCGCCGCCGACCUCCAGACGGCUAGCUCUGAUGAUACCAUCGGAACGGAGCUCGUUAAGAUCAUUCUCCUUACCAUUCCCUACAUCAUGGUCUCGGCGCCUGGGACAUUUCAACAAAAGGCCGCGGACCUGAUGGACAAGACCGAUAUCAUCGCGUCCGAACCGCAUGCGCUCCAAGCCCUGGUCGACCCCUAUCACCCCGAAGGCAAGACGGAGAGCCCUGGAGUGUCUCUCAGCGUGUGCAUGCUCCUCCAGAAGCAACUGCAAGCCGAGGCCGCCAACAACUGGGAGCUUUCAUGCCUGCCGCGACCUUGGCAGAUGCCAUUGGAGGAUAUUGAAGCCCAGGACAAGCUUGCCAAUGCCCCGAAGCACGCCCUCCCGGCAAUUGCUAUCCCUGCUACUGUUGUGGCUGGGUCUCGUCCGCUGUUCCCUGAGAUUUACUUGUCUGUCUACUCAGACCAGGAAGUCCCUUCCGUCCCUGCGGUCACAAACGUUGCGGCGUCUCUGAUCAGGGAUGGCCUCAUCGACACUAUCAACAUUAUGAACUUCAACCGAAACGUCACUGCCCGGUACUUGAUGGACCUUGAUUGCUAUUUUGCUGAAGGAACCUUUGUCAAGCGCGCUACUCCUUUCGAUGAGCUCCGAAACAUCCCGGAAGGACGAUCUACCUGGAAGCCCGAGGAUGUGGCGGUUGAUACCGUCUUCUCACAGCUGUUCCAGCUGCCCACCCCCGAGUGCAAGCUUGUCUACUACCACUCUGUCCUGACAGAGGCCUGCAAGUUGGCGCCGGCGGCCAUCGCUCCUAGCCUGGGCAGAGCGAUUCGAUACCUGUAUCGAACCGCCCCCCGGAUGGACCUGGAGCUGAGCUAUCGCUUUCUUGACUGGUUCUCCCACCAUCUUAGCAACUUUGGUUUCACUUGGAAGUGGGCUGAGUGGGCCGAGGACACGCAGCUACCGGACCUUCAUCCUUGCAAGUGGUUCCUCCGGGGCGCUUUGGACAAAGAGGUACGGCUCAGUUUUGCACAGAGAAUCCAGAAGACUCUUCCUGAGCCUUAUCUUCCCUUGGUCGGGCCGGAGAAGGAGAAGGAUGUGCCUGACUUCAAGUUUAGCAACCCUGAUACCCCAUUUUCUAAGGAGGGCCAAGAAAUUGGAGCUCUUCUGCGACGGAAGGCUCCUGACGAGGAGUUCCAGGCCGUCAUUGACAGCAUUCAGACCCAGGCUACCGAGCUCGCCCUGGACCCGGUGGUUGCCAGUACGGAUGUUUUCAUGACAGCUGUUUGCUGGGUUGGCUCCAAGUCGUUGAGCCACGUUCUCGCCUGUAUUGACCGCACCAAGGGCCGACUCCUCGAUGCAGGCAGUUCGUCCGAGGCUGCCCGAGCCCAGAUCAUCUCUGCCGUCAUGGCCUACUGGCACGCCCACCCUGGCGUUGCCAUCUCCAUCGUGGAGAAGCUCCUCAACUACUCUAUCCUCACACCCUUCUCUGUUGUCGACUGGGCCCUCGUUGCUAGUACGCCCGCCAACGGCACUGACGGCGGCGAGUCCCUCGCCGAGUCUUACAUCUUUGAGCUCGUCUCAAACACUGUCGCCAAAGUGACUGGUCGCACGCGCCAGCUCCUCGUCUCCCCGGACGCCGACGAAGAGACUCGGACCAAGGAGGCCAAGGCCACCCGGGACCUUUUCCACGCUAUGAACGAUGCUUUGGUCAGCUGGGCCGGUGGCAGCAAGGAUGAGCUAAUGGAAGAGGGCGACGGAUCUACCGACCGCGAGGCCUUGAUCCGACGAUGGGGACAGCGUUGGUUGCGCGUGUUUAAGCGCAUGGGCGCCAUUGAGGAGGCGUUUGCUUUGGAGGCGGCCAAGGAUAAGAUGGUCACAGCCGACGUCGAGGAGAAGAACUAG